AUGGCGACCAAUGUGAGUACCGGGUCUGGACCGGCUCCGGCUGGCUUCCAGCUCACCUUGCCCACCGCCCAGCAACCCCAGGAGCAGCCAGCGCAAGUGGUCGAGGGGCAGCCCGCCCAGGAGAGCUCGGCCGGCCUCCACAUGCUCCAGUCUCUCCUCAGCAUGGCUGGCCCGGCCGAGGACAAGACCUACGGCCGAUUGGCCUUUGGGAUGCGCGAGAACGCAAAGCGCCCCAAGGCCACGGUCGUUUUCAGUUCGGCGGCCCUGUCGACCCCCGUCACCCCAGAAGCCACCGCCGGGACCCCCGAAGCUGCCUCGCCCAACAAGCGCAAGGCCGAGGCGGAUCUUGACGAUAGAUCUGCCAAGAAGGUUUCCACUGGAAUGUCCCAGGAGGAGGGCCAGGACGGUCUGUUCGGGCAUGCCAAUGUGGUCGCCGAGCUAGCGGCAGCCAACCCGCAUGUCGAGAAGCGGGUACUCUCCAUUGUUAACAAGGUAGCAAUGGAGACGAUCAAGGUAAUCCUGGAGGAAGCCGAGAAGGAGAGCUCGGUAUUUGGCAUCCCGAUCUGGCCAGGUUCGCUGCCUCUCAAGCCUGAAAACCGCGAGAAGACGAUCCAGGUUCAUAAAAGGUGUGCCCAAGCGGUCCUGGACUCGCUCUCGAAGCCUGUUCUCAGCACGGAGCCCACAGCAUUCGUUCCUGCUCAGAGCACCAGCAGCCGAACCGCUUCGCCCUCGCCGGCUUUGACCAACGGCUCUUCACCGGCUGCAUCGUCCGCCGCUUCUCCUGCCCCAGCGACUCCCCAUCCUGGAUCCAGUGCCGGCCAAUCGUCCACUGGCGCCAAUAACAACACCGGCAAGAGCGUUUGCGUGCCAAACGUGGUGGAGGUGAACGGAGAAGCCGGCAUCUUCAUCAAUGGCGGGCUGACGUUCAUUCCCCUGCCCGGAGGGCUCCCCAAGUCGCGCCAGAAGAAGGCGGCCAAGAACAAGACCGGGGCCAAAGAUUCGACCGGCGGGCAGACUGUCAUGAGCCCUGAAGAUUCGGCUUCUCUACAGGCCGCUCUUCGGGCAGGCGAUUUGGCCACGGCCCAGAGCCUCUCCAGCUGCCUCUUCCCGGCAGGCGAGCCGGCUGCCGAGGAGACGCCGAAGACGACUCCCCGGAAGCGCGCUGCUGGCAAGGGUAAGAAAGCCGCCGGCAAGAAGGACAACUCGGUUGCCUCGGCCAGUGGUAAUGUCCCGAGUGGUGCUGCCGAGCAGCCCAUUCUGCCCCCUCCAUGCUGGGCCCCUCCCCCUCCUUCGGCCAUUCAGCUCCCGGCCAGCCAGUUCGACUCUGGCGCGCCCAUUCUACCCCCAAGCGACUGGGUCCCUCUUCCGCCUUCGGCCUUCCGCCAGCAAGCCAAUGCCGUGGCUUCUUAUUCCCCGGUCAUCGAGCCCCCCAGCUGGUACGGCAACCAAGCCACCUGCGUCGCCCAUGCCCAGAGCCAGGCAUCGACUUCCGCCGCUGGGUCUGACCAGAUGAUCCUACCUCCCAUCAUCCCCCCCAUGGUCGGCCCCUCUAUCCAGCCCCCUCGGCCGUUUUAUCCUCCUGUUGUCCCUCCCUCGUCGCUGGUCCAACACGUUGGCCCCCCGCUGUCGCUCGUCCGCACAAUUUCCGAGCAAACCAGACAGGCCCCUGUUCCUUCUCCGGUCGUCACCGACGAGGUCAGGACUGGCACUCCGGAGGACGUAACCGACGUCCUGGCGACUACCACUCCCGCCGACGACGGCGAUGACGACAAUGACUCGCUCUUCGGAGCCAUGACGGAAGACGUCAGCGAUGGCGACCUCUUUGGCGACGAGGACUUCGAGGAGGAAGAAGCCGAGACUGAGACUGGCGUCGACGAGCCCGAGGCUGAGAUGACUGCUCCGGCCAACGCACCCGACGGCCAGUUGAUCGCCUCCGCCAUCUACGAGAGCACAGACUUCAUCGAGCUACCGGAAGACAUGGCCGAGGACAACUACGACGACACCCACCUCUUCCUUCUCGCCGAGGUGCUCGCCUUCGACCGGUUCUCCCCGCUCUCCGAGUUCUGCGAGACGAACGGGCUCCCCUUCCCGUACAGCCCGACCUUCCGCAGCGACUGCCCCGAGCCCGGCAACCCGUCCCGCGUCUGGCGCUCCCAGGACGACCGGUUCCGCACCGACCUGAGCCGCGACUCCAUCAUGUGGGCGGCGGCGGUGUGGACGUGGAACUCGCUGCCCGCGCGCUACCGGUUCGCCGAGGCGGCCGACGGGACCGUCCGGCCCUUCACGCCGCGCCUGCUGCUCUGCCGCGAGGACCGGCGGUACGUCCACCUGAGGCCGGACCCGCGCAUCUACCCGGGCCGAUUCCGCGGCGAGGGUCACGGUCACGGUCACGGUCACGGUCACGGUCACGGUCACGGUCACGACGGCGGCCCGGGGGUGAUCCUCAACUCCUGGGCACAGGUCCGGGGAGCCGCCGGCUGGGACGACGAGUUCGCGAGUCGUGUGGCGUACUUGUUCCCCGAUUACGGCGCGCCGAUUGUGUGGGACGUCGCGGACUUCACUGAUGCGGUGUUUGGUGACGUGCUGUGA